AUGGCAUGUAUUGGAGAUGAAAAUUUAAAAAAUACAGAAAUAUGGGAAUGGCAGGGAAGGGUUUGGGACAGUGAAACGAUUUUCGGACAUGGAAUGGAAUUGUCAGGCCAUCAGAUUUUUUUUGCACAUGAAAAAUUGCAUAUAAAGGCAUUAAAUCUGAAAAUCAAUUCACUGGAAGCAGAGAAGGUCAUCCUGAUAACUCGAAAUGAUGAACUCGAAUCUCGACUAAUCCAGUUAGGCAAAAAUGUUUCGGAUGCUUCUGUUAUUGCCUCUUCCUCUCAUCCUGCUGCAAUAGAAGAUAUUUCUAAUUUGGUCAGCUUAGGAAGCGCUUUUAAACCAAUACAUACCCAAAUGAUGAUGCAGAUGGGACGAACUAAUGAAAGGCAAAAAGCUACGGGAGCUUUACAGUGGUCAAUGGAAGAAAAUGUAACAACUCCAUAUGGGCAUCAAUACGACGAAGAGCUGAUAAAUAAUAUGCGAACUGAGUUGAAUGCAGCUCGUCAGGAAUGCUCCUUAGUGCAAGAGAAAAUCGUUCAGAUGGGCUGCGUUAAUUUUGAAUUAGAACGCGAGUUGAAAGAUGCUAAAGAGAAGUUGGGAAAAGCUGAAAUGCGAGCACAGCAAGCUGAAGAAGAAGCUCGCCGAAAUUGCGCACAGCAAGCGAAACAUCAGGAGUCAUUACAGUCUAAAUUCUUAGCUAAGUUCAACGCAUUAGAAAAAGAAGUAAAUGAUCUUAAGGAAGAAUUAGUUUCAAAAAAUGAGCAAUUGAAAGCCAGGACGAUGGAAAAUAAUAAACGGAAUGAAGAAAUAAAGCAGUGGAGAUUUGCUAUGGAUGAAAUGGAAGCCGUACAUAUGGAAAUACAAAUGUUAGAAAAGCAGUUAAAUAAUGAAAAGGCAGCAAUGGAGUCAAAAUGGGCCGAAGUGCGAACAAUAUUGCUGGAACGAAAAGGAGAUAUGUCGCGGAAAACUUCCAGUGCAGAACCAGCUGCUGGUGGAGAACAAAGUACCGUUAUUCAGCUCAAACAAAUGACAAAUACAAUCAAUGAUUUGAAAAAUACCGUCGAUAAGCAAACCAAACAACUUGAACGUGAGAAGGCCGAAAAACGGAAAUUUAAAGCAAUUAUUCGACAGUUGGAAGUCAAUAAGGAAGUUCUAGUACUACCUUCUCUGAUGAAAAACAGUGAUAGAGAGCAACAUUUGGUUCCAUUGGGAGCGCAAAUCAUCGGCCUGCAAAAGCAGCGAGAUUUUAUGGAUCGCGAAAUUACUCUUCUUUGUACUUUGAACAAAUCGAAAGAUGUUUUGAUCCAAACUUUGAAAGCUGAACUUGAAGGUUUUGAAAAGCCUGGAUUUUCAAGACCUGAAAACGAUAGGAAUGAGGACAAGAACAGUCGCACUGAACAAUUGCAAGCACAAAUAGAAAUUAUGAGCCAAGAAAAAUCAGAAGUUUUAAAUUUGUUAGCGAAAAGCAAUGCUGAAUUUGAAAGACUGCAAAUGCAUGCACAACGGUUGCAAAUGGAACAUGAUCGACUUCAGUCACAGUUGCAGUUCUCUCCAGAACGAAAUCUAAAUGUCAUAACUUCAAAUGCAAGCACUCAGCUGGAAUUUGUUAACGUUGAAGUGGGAGAUUUAUCAAUGGCUGAAAAAAUGACAGAUAGUGCGGCUAAUAAAAGUGUAAAUAUAAAGAUGAAGGAACAAAUGGAAAGAUUAGCUGAGGCUAUGCAACAGAAGAAUACCGAACUACGAAAAGUAUUGAAUGAGAACGAAGCACUGAAAAUAAAGUGCGUUGAAUCUACGGCCGCGUUGGAUUUACUAAGCGAUGAAUUAGAGCGUCGAAGCCAGGAGAAAGAUGCUAUCAUCGAAAUGCUACAGUCACAGCAUACUUACUUAACACAAACUAUAUUGCUUAAUGAAAAAGGUGAAAAACAAUUAGCCACUCCGUCAACAGUAUCACAAAGUAUAAAUACGAAUAUUGAACCUAAAUGUGUGGUGCGGAAUGCAUCCACAGUUAUGGACGGAGCAGAAAAUGGUCCAAUUCCAGUUAUGCGACAUUGCGCGACACAAACAAGGACUGAUUUUAAUUUUUCUGAAAUUACAGAAAUGAGACAGAAACUAACCUCAGGGUCGUUCGGUGAAGUCAUUCAUAACGAUGAUUCUACUCCUGAAGUAGAAAAUCAGGAAAUUUGCCAAUAUGUAGACAAACCAAGUCAAAUACAUGAUAACUUAACAGAUGACGCCAGACAGCUAAUGAUUCUGAAUGCGGAACUGGAAACUGCUGUUGAGGUCCUUAAAGGUGAAAUCUGGACCCUAAAUGAACAGCUUAAAGGGUCACUUGUUGAUCGAGAAGACUUGUCAGAAAAAUUGUGCGAGCUUUCACAACGUCACGAGGAAGAAAUUGAACGUGCUCGUGAACGGGAACGUGAUUUGGAGGAACAAAAAGAUAUGGCCGAAAGAAGCCAGCGACAGGCAGCUUUGGCUGAAAAUGAAAGCAACUGUCGUUUGGUUGAGUGGCAGGAAAAAAGUGCACAAAUGGAAAACAGUCGCAUAGAGCUCGAAAAUGCCUAUGCUAAGCUAUCGGAGUAUUAUCAGCAGUUGCAGCAAGCUUAUAAUGCUUUGUAUAUGAGAUUUAAUACGUGUAAAGUUGACAGCAAUACACAAACAAUAGUGGAUAGCAAUACCUUUAAAAUUAGCGAGAAAUUUGCUGAGAAAAUCGAGCAUUUAAAAAAUAAACUCACGCAACAGAAAACUGAAUUGAAGAGGCAGGCGAUAGAAUUGCAGCAUGUUCGAGAUUUACUGCGGGAGCAUCUUCACGUAGCUCUGAAGAAUGUCAGAGACUUGCGAGAAAUGAAUUUGAAAUUGCUGAAGGACAUCGUUGUGGACAAUGUACAGGCAGCCCGAGUUCAACUAUGUGAGAUUUUAAAUGAAGUUCAUUCAUGUGCUGAGAAAGUGAUUGUCAGAUGUUUUGAAGAGAAAGAAAGAAAGGAUGCUGAAAUCGCUUUAGCAAUGAAGCAGCUUAUAAAUGUCAUACUAACAGAAAACAUUUCACAAGCAGAAGAUUUGUCGCUGUCAGUCAUUGUUGACGCUGUCAGUAAGAAAUUUUUAGAGAGAGAAUCUGAACACACUGUUCUGAAAAAUGAUUUGUUGAAUGAAAGAAAUGAUGAAGCAGCUUUAAAAAUGACAAUACAACGAAGUGUUUCUGAAAAAGAGGAAGAAUCGGAAUUAAAGAUCAAAGGGCUGGAAGACCUGCUUCAAGUAACACAAUUUUCAUUAAGCGAAUAUGUCAUCAGAUGUCAGCAGCUUCAAGCUAAACUUGAUCUGAUUAGUACGGAUCAAAGCAGUGAAGCAGCAGCAAAAUGUGGCACUAGUGGUAGUGAGUCAUGGAAUUGCUCCACACCAUGUACGAUUUGUCGUGAGCUGAGGCAAACCAAACAACCAGCUCCGACACCGCAACUACAAUUAGCUAUUUUAGCAGCCCGCCUGACAACCAAAAUUGCUGACAAUGAUGCUUUAUUCCGAUGCAAUGCUGAACUCGCUCAAACAAACCUGAGACUACAGAAUGAGGUUAGCGAAUUGAGGGAGCAGAUGACCAAGCACAUCACAUCAACCAAUGACCCUGGCACCUCAUCUACCAAUCAACAAUCACUAUUUCAACAACAGCACAUUUCAAAACAUUCCUCGAAUCAAACACUGGAACAGAAAGCAAUGCAUUCAGAAGAGAAGAAAUGGAAAUGGGAUGCAGAAGAUUCUGAUGCAAAGUUAGUCAGCAGUUCGAAAGUCGAAGACACCAUUGUCUAUCAGAAUCAACAAAUUACUGGGUUUAUGAUAAAAGAUGAGAUCAAAACGCCUGCUUUGAGAGAGUUAGAAUCUCAAGAACAAAGUGAAGAAAGCUUGGAAAAGAAACUGCGAGCAGAAAAUUUGAAUGCAAGCGAAAGGUUUGAAGAGAAAAAUGAAAAAAUGGAAAAUAACACAGAAAGAUUGGGAAAAUGUUCAGGAGUUUUGGGCGAGCACUUGAAGCGUGAAAUCAAAGCGGAGCAGUUAGAGGAUGGAUUGGAGAGAAAACAGCAUGAAGGUGCCAAACAUCAGCAAGAAUUGGAAGAAAUGUUUAAAGAAAAGAAAUUAAAAGUAAGUCGAACCAAUAGGGAAGAAUUAUUGUCACUAAAAAGCGAGAAUAUGCAGUUGACGGAUUUUAUGGGAAAUUCAAAUCAAGAACGGGAAGGAUUAAAGGAAGAAUUACAAUCCACUAAGACGCCUUAUGAAAAUGAAGGAAUAUAUUGCGAAUUAUUUCAAGCGGUUUUCAUUGAGGAAUUAGAGAAACAGAAAGAGGCAGUAAAGACAAAAUUGGAAAGUGAGAAUGGUUGGAUUUCGAAUGGUGCCCCAAAACAGUUUCAAGCAUUGCCUGAAGAGCGAACGCAGGAUAUUCCUCGAGAUAGUAUCAUCGCGGAAGAUAGGAUGCAGUUAUUGCAAGAAUUGGAAGGGCAGCUUCAACAAAAAGAAAUUGAGAUGCAGGAACUUGAGAAAGAGAAUAGAUCUUUAAGUCAACAGUUGGAAAAAGGCAGAUUAAGGGACGAGGUAGAAAAUGAAGUAACAUCGAGAUUGCGUGAAGAAAUUACGUUACUUAAACAGGAGAAUGAAAGCUUGAAUAUAGAGUUAGCCAAAAAACAAGCUUCCUUAGAUGAGGAGAAAGCAAGCAUGAAAGCCGAAUUAGUAAAUUUAGAAUGUCAAUUAGAAAAUCGCGAAAUUAUCUUAGAAGAGUUGAAGACAAAAUUAAAACACACACAAGAAGAAAGUAUUCAGGUGCAACGACAGCUAUAUGAUAAUGGUACACAAACGAGUGAACUACAGAUAAUGAAUGAAGUUAGUCAAGAAUUUCAUCAACAGCUUAUCGAAGCACAAAGAAAAAUAAUGGAAUUAGAGCAGAGACUGGACCAAGUGAUAGAACAGAAUGGACUAUUGAAAAAUGCCGAAGAGAAACUAAUGGAUGCUCUAAUGGUCUCUAAUAAACAACUGGCCAAAAUGGAAUCUAAAAAUGAGAAAUUGGAAUCAGAAGUUUCUAAUCUACAGGCUUCACUAUUAAAAGCUGAAAAAAUGGCAAAAAAAACAAAUCAGAAAAAGUCCGUGAUGCAUGGCAAUUCGAAUGCGGUGAUUGAGGUACAUGGAAAAUCAGGGACAAGUUCGGCAAAGAUGCAACCACUUGAUAGUCCUGUCGAGCGUUGCUUUUCGAUGCAAGAAAAGAACGAAGAUAAAUUACGACGGCGAAAAGGUAGUAGUGGAGGAUUUCAGGGUGCUGAGAAGAUAUAA